AUGCUGCUCCGCUUACUCCUUGCGUCUCUCCUCGGGUGUCCUGUAGCAGUCGCUACUGCUACUACAGCCACCGACUCCGUUGUUCCGGAUGUAGUCGUGCCGCUGGAUAUCGACGAGACCAGCAUCGCCGCUGGCAUUGACCACUCGUGCGCGAUCCGGACGCAGUCCUAUGAGGACGUCGGCGGCCGCGUGGUCUGCUGGGGCGUCAACAAUGGCGGCCAGAGUUCGCCCCCGCCCGGCGACUUCAUCCAGGUGAGCACCGGCCGCCUGCACUCGUGCGGGAUCCGCAUCGACGAGACGCUCGAGUGCUGGGGCGUCGGCGCGCCCGUGACGAAGCCCGAGGGGCUGUUCGAGCAGGUCAGCAGCGGUGACUUCCACUCGUGCGGCAUCAUGAAGGACCAGACCAUUCAGUGCUGGGGCACCGCGGCGGGCGGCAUAUCGAGUGCACCAAGUGGCAAGUUCGUGCAGGUGAGCUGCGGCAAGGACUUCUCGUGCGCCAUUGCGACGGACGGCACCGUGAGGUGCUGGGGCGAGAAUGGACAUGGCCAGCUUGAUGUGGACCCUACCACUCGCUUCCGACAGAUAUCUGCGUCGCCGGGGGACUUUGCCUGCGGGGUGACGAACGACAACACGCUCUCGUGCUGGGGAGACAAUCACCGCAACCAGGCAAGCCCACCCAUGGAUGAAAAAUUCAUUCUGGUGAGCACUAGUCGACUUGCUGCGUGCGGGGUGAAGAUGGACAAGACAGUGACGUGCUGGGGAAUGCGCUCCGGUGUGACGGCGGCGCCAACUAAUGUGCAAUUCGACGAGCUGAC